UGAGGCAGAGUGAUAGCAAGGAAGCAGCCUGCAGGAGAGACCUCGUGUCAAAAGGGGGCCGCUGAAGAAGUCAGUCGGUUUUUAGCAGUUUUGAAGAGCAGAUUCCAGUGAAGCAGAAAUGGAUCAGGCAAGGACAACAAUAUCAAAAAUUUUUAAUGGGGAGCCACACUCCUACACACGUUUCAACCUGACCCAGAACAUGGAAGGCGAUAACAGCCAGGUGGAGAUGAAGCUGUCGUCUGACAUGGAUGAGGAGGUCGGGGAAAAUGGUGUGGGGGAUCACAGUCAAAACAACUCCAAUCGCAAACCCUACGUGGCUCAGAAACUUGGACGCACACCCAAGAACCUGUGCUUCAUGGCAGCCACUAUCCUCCUCAUCUUUAUCAUCGGGUACUUGAUUGGUUACCUCGUCCAUCGGAAGAAGGAAGUGGCUCCCACCUGCGCAGCCUCCGCGGUCCCUUUUGAAGUGCCUCCGUACCAUGAAACAGGUGCUGCCCCACUCAUGGACUGGGAUGUUGUCAAGAAAUUGCUUGCUGACAAAUUGAAUGCACGCAACUUCGAAAGUGCCUUCAGUGACUUUAGCAGUAGCAGCCACCAGGCUGGUUCUCCAGGUGAUGAAGCUCUUGGGAAAAUAGUGCACAAGAAGUUUAGAGAGAACGGCAUGAACGCCUGGACCGAUGAGCACUUCAUUAAGGUGCAUGACCCCCCAGCGUCCGGCUACAACAAAUUUACUUUCAAGAGCGAGAGUGAGACACGAGUAGAGGGAUACCUGUCUUAUAGUGCCACUAAAGAAGUAACGGGUGCCAUCCUGUAUGCAUACUACGGGCAGGAAAAUGACUUCAGGAUGCUGAAGGACAGGAACAUUGACCUCAGUGGCAGGGUCAUUCUCGUCAGAGCUGGUAGGAUCAGCUUUGCAGAGAAGGUAGCCAAUGCUGCCAAAAUGAAUGCCUCUGCUGUGCUGAUCUACCCAGACCGCGCUGAUUACAAUAUCGGAGCCACUCAGCUCUAUGGACAUGUCCACCUGGGUUCAGGAGAUCCUUACACCCCCGGCUUCCCCUCCUUCAACCACACACAGUUUCCUCCUGUCCAGUCUUCAGGCCUGCCACAAAUCGUGGCUCAGACCAUCACAGAACCCAUGGCCACCAACAUCCUGAAGAAGCUGGGAGGUUCGAGUGUGCCACAAGAGUGGGGAGGCGUCACCAAACUGGGAGAUGAGACCGACAUCAUUACUUUGAGUGUCAGCAACGAACUUGCAGAGAAAAAGAUAACUAAUGUCUUCGGGGUCAUCAAAGGGUUUGUGGAUCCAGACCGAUAUGUGGUUAUUGGUGCCCAGAGGGAUGCAUGGGUUCAAGGUUUUGCUACUUCAACUGUCGGAACCAGUGUCCUUGUUGAGCUGGCUCGUUCCAUCUCAGAAAUGGUGAAAAAUGAUGGAUUCAAACCACGGAGGAGUAUUGUGUUUGCUAGCUGGAGUGCUGGAGAAUAUGGGAGUGUUGGCGCCACCGAGUGGUUGGAGGGUUAUCUGUCUUCUUUGAGCAUGAAAGCCUUCUCCUACAUCAGCCUGGAUCGUAUUGUAACAGGUCGCUCUGAAUUUAAAGUGGCUUCCAGUCCCUUGAUGAACAGUCUGAUCAAAAAUGCUCUGGAUGAGGUGAAAAUCCCAAGCGGUGGUGCAACUCUUAUGUCUCAAUAUGGAAGAGGCAACUGGGAGAAUACUAUAACGGAGCCCAUGAAGUUGGACAAUGCUGCAUAUCCUUUCCUUGCCUUUUCUGGCAUUCCGUCUGUCUCAUUUAGAUUCACCUCCGGUAAUUCAGAAUACCCGUACUUUGGCACAAUGCUGGAUAAUCGGGAAAAGUUGAACGCUGCCACAUCCAACCAAGUUCCUCAGAUGGCUGAAGUGGCUGCCCGAUUUGCAGGUCAUAUUGUUCUGAGGCUGGUCCAUGACCAUCUGCUGAGAUUGGAUCUUUCAAAGUAUGACAAGAUUAUUCGUACUCGUGUGGCUCAGAUCAACGCAAAAGUCAAGGAUGUUCAGAGGUUGAAGCCUGAUCUGCUGCCCAAGAGUCUGACCAUGCAGUGGUUGAUCUCAGCCUCUGGCUCCUACAGCCGUGCCUCUCGCAGCCUGGCAUCAGACAUUCAGAACAGCGACCUGGAAGACAUCGAGAUGUGCCGCGUCCUUAAUGACCGCAUCAUGACGGUGGAAAGGAACUUCCUGUCGCCAUACGUGUCUCCGAGAGAGAGUCCUUUCCGCCACAUCCUGGUCGGCAGUGGCCCGCACACACUCCAGGGGCUGCUCAACCACCUCGAAGCCCUCAAGAGCGGCGAAGUUGAGGCCGACCUGUUCCGGAACCAGUUUGCCCUGGCGACCUGGACCAUUCAGGGCUGUGCCAACUCGUUAGCUGGGAACAUCUGGGCUCUGGAUAAUGAAAUCUAAAAAAACAACAACUAACCAUUGUUAAUGGUUUGGUCCAUCUACCUACAAGCUGUUAUCAUUAACAAAAGCCUUAGUUGCACAGCUUUUCAAAUUGGCUUCAACUAAUUCAGGAAAUUCUAAAAGACGCCGUCACGUCACCUUUUUUCUAUAAAUUUAAACGCUUAAGUUAAAAACUGCCUCAUCUCCCUUCUUACUGACAUUCUCCAAAAAAGCCAAACAUUAAUAAUAGUCUUCCGCCUUAACACACAGAAGAUCAAGUUGAUAGGUCAGUACAAUUUUCCCACUUUGGAAAGGAAAGGAAAUAAUCUUACAUAAUUGUGACGUGGUACUCAAAUACCACAUCUUGAAUACUUUGGUGCUAGUACCGUUUACCUUCAAAUGCCAAUGUUAUGUGGUAGUACUACGUAAACUAAUGUUACCCUACAAAUGAAUUGAAUGUAGUGAUCGUGAUGCUUUUUCAGCACAGUAUGGGGUCAGUAUCACAGGAAUGGCUGUGUUUUGCCAGUUCAGAUUAGACACAAAAGGGCAGUAUGACACAAUAAGCUAAUUACCACAAAGAUUGACAACUGCUGGUAUUUCAACUGCUUUUGUAGCCUCAAGUCAAACCUGAGCUGGUUGGUGUCGGUAGCUAUAAUUUCAUACUGUGCUGAAAUAUGCUACUCAUUUUCCCCGAUUCAGAAAUUGUUGUAAGGACUGUAGAAUAUUUUGCAAUAACACAGCAUUUACACAGAAAAGUAAAGCCUAAAAGUAGAUUUGGAACAAUCGGCUGUUACAAGACCUCAUUUAAUACUUGCGUGGCAUUAAUAUUUAACAAAAAGUCCAAAUAACAAGCAACACUUAUACAAAGUAAACAAAAUAAAUCUGUUUGUCUGUUAUCUGAAUCAUCCACCUCCUGACAUGAGGGCAAAUCUCUGUAGGCCUUUCGAAACCUGAGGGAGAAGGUCUUCAACCACGUAGCACUGAAACAGAAAUCGUACGUCUAUUUAUUGUGUUAUUUAUUUAUCAGUGGCAGGGUUCACUAUAAAUAGUUUUUUUAUCGCCUUUUUAUAAGAAAUGUAUAAUUAUCGGGAGCAGUGCCUUCCAUAAUUAUGACAGUUAUACUGUCGAAAUGACAAAAGCAGCAUCUGCUUAAAGAAGUGAACAUGUCGACCGACGGCGGGUACCGAUCACUCAAGCGCUACAACAACUGAGGUUGUUUUUUUUUCUACUUAACUGACACUGGAUUGUUCUUUAAGCCAAGGCCAACUCGCAUAUCGAACCUAUGAAAAUAUUUACUGAACAACUCAGGCUGUUAGUCAGUACCCCUCCCUUGGUCCAUGUACACUUCUCAUCCUGACAACAUUAUCGGGAGCAGUGUCUUCCAUAAUGUGAAAAAGAAGAAGGUAGUUUUUGCCUACCAGUGUGUAUCCGUAUCGGAGGCAGUGCCCUCCAUAUUUCACUGUAGGAGUGGAUGUUUUUAAUUAUCGGGAACAGUGUUUCCCAUAAUAGUGUAAAUAUUCAAUACAUUGCUACACAAUGCAUCACUUUGCUCAUCAUCUCUAUCAUAUUUCAAUUACAAUUCACGUCUCAUUUUCUCUCAGACAGACAGUCUCAGAUCUUGAAAGAGUGAUUUUCAACCUCAGCUCUUGUGAAAAAAUAUCACAAGAGCUGAAUAAUAUGAAUAUCACAAUAUCAGUUUUAUGAAGCUGAAGGAUCUGCACGUCUGUCGUCUGUUCUGGGUUUCUUUUAGUUUUUGUCUCAUUUUCAAAUCAAGUCUGCAUAUCAAACUGCGAUGGAAGGUCUUUUUGCUUUGAUGAGAACAUGUUGGAAAUGUGUUUGGGACCACUGCGGUCACAGCAGUGUGUUCCAGAACAGGUCAUCAAUUUGCAAUUUUUGGGUUUUUGUUUGUAAUGAUUCAGUGUGAAAGUACAUUCUACCUUCUUAUUUUGAUGUGUUCAUCCAUUGUUGUUAAAGAGAUUUACCUGUGCCUUUUGUUUCAUGACUGCAUUAUAGAGCCAAGGUUCUUCAUACAGUACUUUGAGGUUUUUGAGGAUGUAUAUUUGGCUUGUUUUUGUUUAGUUUUGACACUUCUGUAUUUCUUUUUUUUCCUGUUGUAGAAUUAAGUUACUGGUGUAAAAGCCACACAUUUUUUAGAUAAAAAUGAAAAGAAUAAGCAUUUACAGUAGGUGACAAAGUCUCACUGACACGGAUAUUAUCUCAGUAGAAAAAUCUAAAUUUCAUUGUUUUAGAUCAGUAGCCUUUUAAAAAUGAUCUGUUAAGCAUUCAUAGUCUGAGUGAUUACACUGAUCUGCUGGGCUGUAAUGAGGCAUGCGCUGCAAGUUGUAUUUCUGAAAUUGGCAAAUUACUGAGCAACCGCCCAAAGAGAAACAUUUCUAUGAGAAUGCAGACGCAAAAUUGGUCUUUAUCUGUGAGGGCUUUAAAAUUCUGAGAACAUGGAUAAAGAAUGUGUUCUGAAAUUAAUUGUUGAAAAUAACGAUGUACAUUUUUUUUGCCUCUUCAAACUGUAUUCAAGUUUGCUUAGCUUUAUGUUCUUCUUUUGCUGCUGCAAUAAACAAUCACCUCAUAA